AUGGCAAUCUACGAAACAUUAAACAGCGAUAAACUCACGGUGGUUUUAGACAUCGGCACCGUGUACACCAAAUUCGGUUUCGCUGGAGAAUUCGCCCCGAGGAACAUUAUGAAAUCGACGGUGAGGUGCAAAAGAACCGACAGACUUCGGAGAAUAUGGGAUUACGAAUCGCCGGAGGACCUUUACGAUUUGCUGGUGGAGUUCAUUCACGUCAUUUAUUUCAAAUACGCCAUCCUCAGUCCGAAGGACAAGCCGAUAAUAAUCGUUGAAUCGCUGUUGUGUCCUACGCUGUUUAGAGAAACGUUAGCAAAGGUGUUAUUUUCGCACUUUGAAAUAUCCAUGAUGCUCUGUUUACCGUCGCAUUUAGUUAGCUUGGCUAGUAUGGCGGUGGAUACUGCAUUAGUAGUAGAUGUAGGAUACAAAGAAGCAGUAGUGAUACCGAUAUGCCAUGGACUUCCGAUGUUACAAGCAUGGCAAGCUUUACCUUUAGGUGCCCAAGCGAUCCACAAUAAAGUGAGACAAUUACUCGGUAGCAACAACACGGGUAUACAAAAUUUAGGAGAGGACGUAAUGGAAGACAUAAAAGUGAGGUGUUGUUUCGUAACGGAAAAAUCCAGAGCCCUGCAGUUUGCAUCGGAGAAACCAAGCAUACAGUUUUGUCCGGACGUCAAAUACCCCAUCGGUGGAACGGAAAGUAUAAUCGUGAGCGGCAAAGUGCGAGAAAAGGCCUUCGAAAUAUUGUACGAGGAAGACAACGACCACUUGUGUCUGUCCACGAUGAUACUGGACGCCAUUCUGCAAGUGGACAUCAAUUUGAGGCAAUUAUUAGCGGAAAAUAUAUUCCUCAUCGGCGGCACGGCCAUGACGGCCGGCUUCAAAGCCAGAUUGAAAGAGGAAUUGGAAGGGCAGCUGGAAAACGAGAGAUACGGCAAGUUGCAUUUGAAAAAAUUGGCCUUCCAUUCGCCGCCUUGCAAAGAAAACUACGCGGCUUGGUUGGGAGGUGCUAUAUACGGCGCGACGGAACUGUUAAAUAUGAGAGCAGUUACUAAGGAGAUUUAUUUCAAAGAGAAACGAUUACCCGAUUGGAUUCACUUGAGCGAAACCUCGAGAAAUCUCUAA